AUGAGAGACUUGCAUUGCGCCAGGAUUCGAGAGCGGUGGUGCAUCCGGGGAAUGGGAAUGUCGCCGGUGGAAGGUCACGUCGAGGUGAAGAGAGAUGGGGCGUUUCUCCUCCCGAGGAACGCGAAGAACGCGGGAAGCCAGGAGCCGGAACGGGAACAAUGGGGAAAGAAGGUGGAGUUCCUCCUCGCCGUGAUCGGCUUCGCCGUCGACCUGGGCAACGUCUGGCGGUUUCCUUACAUCUGCUACCAGAACGGGGGAGGUGCUUUCCUCAUUCCGUAUGUCGUCAUGCUCGUCUUCGGCGGGCUGCCGCUCUUUUACAUGGAGCUGGCCCUGGGACAAUUCCAUCACAGUGGGUGCAUCACCCUGUGGAAACGCGUCUGCCCCAUGCUCAAAGGGGUGGGAUACGCCAUCUGCGUGAUCGACAUCUACAUGGGGAUGUAUUACAACACCAUCAUCGGCUGGGCCCUGUACUACCUCAUCGCCUCCUUCACCACCCAACUGCCCUGGACCAACUGCGACAACCCCUGGAACGUGAACUGCUCCAAACUGAAUUGCUCUGCCUACCUCAACGAGACCAUCGACGCGAACGACACGGCUCUGGGGUUCGGCAGCCCGGCCCAGCAGUUCUUCGACCGGCAGGUGCUGUCGAAGCACUUAUCGACGGGGAUCUCGGAUAUCGGCGAUGUGAAGUGGGACCUGGCCCUCUGUCUCCUCGCGGUCUUCCUUCUCGUCUAUUUCUCCAUCUGGAAGGGCGUCCGAAGCACCGGCGUGGUGGUGUGGUUCACCGCCACGGUGCCCUACGUGGUGCUCCUCAUCCUGUUGGUGCGGGGCGUCACCCUCCCGGGUUCCUACAAUGGGAUCAUGUACUACCUCACUCCCAAGUGGGAGAAGCUCAAGGAAGUGAAGGUGUGGGGACCUCCGAUUCCGUCCGUGCCCCACGUCCGCUUUGCUCCCUUUUUUACGGCCUCUUGCGUCGUCUUGCAGGUGUGGACGGAUGCAGCGUCUCAGAUCUUUUUCUCCUUGGGUCCCGGAUUCGGGACCUUGAUCGCUCUCUCCUCCUACAACAAGUUCCACAACAACUGUUACAGGGACGCAUUGUUUACGUCGACCGUGAACUGCCUCACGAGUUUCCUCGCCGGAUUCGUCAUCUUCUCCGUUCUCGGCUACAUGGCCCAUUGCCAGGGCAAGAGCGUCGAGGAUGUCGGCAAAUCCGAAGGUCCCGGAUUGGUGUUCGUCGUGUAUCCGGAGGCGAUCGCCUCCAUGACCGGCUCCGUCUUCUGGUCCAUCGUCUUCUUCAUCAUGCUCAUCACGCUCGGUAUCGAUAGCACGUUCGGAGGGCUGGAGGCGAUGAUAACGGGCCUGUGCGACGAGUACCCUCGGCUGUUGGGGAAGCGGAGGGAGCUCUUCGUCGCCGUUCUUCUCGUCCUCAUCUACUUGCCCGCCCUCUCCACCACGACCUACGGAGGCGUGUACGUGGUGGAACUGUUGAACGCCUAUGGACCGAGCAUCGCCAUCCUCUUCGUCGUGUUCGUGGAAUCGGCCGGGAUAUGUUGGAUUUACGGAGCUUCGAAUUUCUGCAACGACAUCACGCAGAUGCUUGGCUUCGCACCGAGUCUCUUCUGGCGCAUCUGUUGGACCUGCAUCAGCCCUGUCUUCAUCCUCGUGAUAUUCGUGAUGACCCUGUGGGAGCACGAGAACCUGGUGGGCUACCCGAGUUGGGCCAACGGGGUCGGCUGGGUCCUCACCGCUUCGUCCAUCACCUUCAUCCCCGCUUACAUCCUCUACAUGUUCACCGUCACACCUGGAUCGUUCCGACAGAGGCUGGUGAAGAUGGUGAAACCGGAGAAGGAUUCUCGGAAGGAAGGGGAGAGGAGGUACCUGAAGGACCCGGAGGACACCCACGACCACGCCACCACCAGCGUAUGACUGGAGGGGGGUGCACCGCAUCGCAUCGCCUGCUCUCACGGCAUGGAAUGGCUCGUCUGAACCCCGACAAAUCACCCCACUCGGCGAUGUUUGCAUGCGUUACAAGGAAGGAACGGAUACCACUAGGAGGACGA